AGAGUAUUAUUUCGACUACAACUCCUGUGCAGCUAUGACCACAACUUUUAGUUCAGUUUGGAACUGAAGUGACAAUUGAUUUUUACGCCCCUGACUUUACUAAACCAUUGACACUCACAGAACAUUGACUUUUAAAUUAUAUUUUCGCUACUUUUUAAUCUUAAAAAGAAGAAUUUAAUUGUUUUCCAUAUGAAUGAAUAAGUACGAGCAUCGUUGUAAAAAUAUUUUUGAACUGUUGGAAUGAAAACAGAAUUGUUCGACCGGUUAUUUUGCAAUGGUUUUUCCGGAAGGUGUAGUGACACCAUCUGGCCACCAGGAGCGAAAUAACAUACUCCGGUGGCGCUGUGGGCGUGAUGUGCUUUGGAGUGUACAUUUAUUAGCAGAGCCCGUCAAGAUGGCAUUGAGAGCAGCGUUGAGGAAUAAGUGCCUUUUAUCAGGUCUUCACUCCUGCAGCCGUCAUGGCGCCGCGUCCUCCGUUCUCCAGACCAGGCUCAACUCCUCAUCACCCAGCAUGACAGUGGACCUGGACCAGGGCACAGGCGUGGCUGUGAUGCGCAUGCAGAGUCCGCCAGUCAACAGCCUCAGCCUGGACUUCCUCACCGAGUUCUGCAUCAACGUGGAGAAGCUGGAGAUGGACAAGAGCUGCCGUGGCCUCAUCAUCACCUCGAACCUGCCCAAGGUCUUCUCUGGCGGACUGGACAUCAUGGAGAUGUACGGGAAGAGCCCAGAGCGCUGCGCCGAGUUCUGGAAAAGCGUCCAGGAGAUGUGGCUGAAGGUCUACGGCUCCAACAUGGUCACCAUCGCAGCCAUCAAUGGCUCCAGUCCGGCGGGCGGGUGUCUGAUGUCCAUGUGCUGCGACUACAGGAUCAUGGCGGACAACCCUCGCUACUGCAUUGGACUGAAUGAGACGCGGCUCGGCAUCGUGGCUCCUUUCUGGUUCAAGGAGACCAUGGUCAGCACGAUUGGCCACCGCCACACUGAGCUGGCGCUGGAGCUGGGGAUGCUAUACUCGCCCACGGAAGCCCUGAAGAUCGGCCUGGUGGACCAGGUGGUGCCACAGGACCAGCUCAUGACCGCGGCAGCAGAAACCAUGCAGCAGUGGUUGGCCAUUCCAGAUCACGCCCGGCAGCUCUCCAAGUCCAUGAUGAGGAAGCCCACCAUCGACCGGCUGACGUCCUGCCGGGAGGCAGACAUCCAGAACUUUGUCAGCUUCAUCACCAGAGACUCCAUCCAGAAGUCGCUUCGCGUCUAUCUGGAGACGCUGAAGAAGAGGAAGGCCUGAAGUGGCAGCAGCCUCACGUCGGGCCACUCCUUUACUAACAUGCCAACCAUGUCGGUUCAAUUGAAGGUUCAGAUUUCCCAAACUCUCCAGUGGUUUCUAGUCUAUGGAAACAGUGAGUUAGCGCCACAGCUACAUCAGCGUCUCGCCGUGAAAUGACUCAAGAUAGUCACUGUCGUUGAAAAUCUAGUCAGAGUAAAAGAUAACUGUUAGUGGAGCUUGGUGCCGACGACACACUUUCGACAUCCUCGAGUGCCUCGUAAACAACGGCCGACGCCCGUUUCCUCUGUGUUUCAGUUUGUGAUUGGAUCCUGAGAAUCAUGUGAUCGACAUUUGUGUAAUUAAAAGCGUA